AUGUUUUCUUGUGUCAGGCUAGGAUGUUAAAUACUUUCUUUAGAUCUUGUUACAUAUGAUAUACCAGUCUGCUGAGCUAGGCAUAGAUUACAAACCCCAGUCAACCUGUGGAAUUUGCUGAUGGCAACAUAACUUUGACAGCAAUACGUGCAUACGAUUGAGGAGAAAUAGUGAAAUGUUAAGAAACGCUAACAUGAAACACAUAUGAUUUGACUGCUGGUUCAUUCGAUGGUCAAGCAGCCCUAGAAUUCAAACUGACCUAUGGUUCAGGGACAUGGAAAAGAGGAACUAACAUACACAACAGGCAUGAUUCUAUGGAUCAGAAGAUCUUUUGUAUGAGAAAAUGUGAAUAUUCGUUUAAUGUAAUCAAUUUCUCUGGAACAAUAUACAUAUACAUUGUAGCGGUGCUAAUCAACGAAUGAAUAACGGACACACGUGAUAAUGUCCAUUGAGUGACCAAAGUGAAAGUUCUUUAUUGAAACCAUAAAUCAACUGAGCAAAGAUGCUGACGAAUGACGUAUCCAGUGACAUAGAGAAGAUCAUUAAGACACAGCCGGUAGAAUCAAGUCCACCAGGAGACGAUUAUGUCGGUCGAGGAGAUCUUCCUGGCAAACUUUCGGCCUUCGAGAAGCUUAUCCGCCAUGCUAUUUCCAGAUUCUCCAUGGAUCGUGUCUAUGAUCUACUCCGAAUCGUCACAACGGAAUUAAGAACUCAAACAGCUGCACAAGAAGCGGCUGCUGCAGCGGCGGCGUUAGCGGCAGCUGCAGCAGCAAAUGAAGAGGAAGAAGAGACGACCGAUGGCCAUGAUGAUGACACAGAAAGAGACAAAGAAGGAGAAUCAAGCCCCGAAAAUGACGACGAAAAGGAAAGUUCUUCGGUAAAGGAUGUUGACAAUAAAAGUGUAAAAAGUGAUAAAUCAAAUAGAAGUUCUGAUCGAGCCUCUGUAAAAUCGGCAAAAAGCAGUGACAGUUCGAACGAAACAACUGAAAAAAUACCUUCAAAAAAUGAAAAAGUAACUAAAACAGUUAGCAUUACUUCUCUAAAGCAGGUUCGUGAUAUCAUCAAAGGUCUAGAAUUAAUAGAGGCAGGGGAUGGAAAAUUGACUGAUCGGCAAAUUGUAGCUUUGCGGCACUAUGCAACUUUCGCUAAGGAUUUGGCGUAUUUGUGCGAGUCAAAGACUUAUUUCUAUGACAACAUAUACUGGUCUCUUCUCCAAGACUUCUAUGAUCCGAACGAACCAAUCGAAUCACGAACAAGCCAAAGUCCACCAGACAAUGAAAAACACAAUACAUCCCCGGAUUCGUCUGGAACUCGCAAAAAUAGAAAAAUGAAAAAUUCCAAUCGUCUUCCGAAAAAUAACGGAAAGAAACCAGAAGCUCCGAAAGAAAGCGACAGGAAACGCAUACACAAUGUCGUUAGUGAAGUAGAAGAAACUAUGUCAAAAUGGUCUGGCUUGUUGGAGGAAGAGGAUCAGAAACUGGAAUAUUUCGAUCAGGACAGUCAUCACGAAGUAGUACACUAUUUACAUUGUGCUCCAUUUGAACUUGUGUUCCGAGUUGUUCCCGACGUGUUUAUUAAGUGUUACCGAGCACUCGAUCUGUCCCGAGAGUGGAUCAAGAUUGCAGAAAGAAUAUACAAAGGUAGGCUUCCUCUUCGGCGGAAAGUAACACAAGAUGAGGAACCAGUCGAAACUGUUCAAGAGGAAGAGCAAAAGAAUGAUGUUCAGGAAACAGAGGAGGCGGAAAGAAAGUCUAUGGAAGCUACGGUGGAGACUUAUAAUAAUCACAUGCAAAAGAUAAAAGCAAGAAUUGGUAAUGUCACCGAGGUCCUUCAAUCUCACGAAAGUCAAAUGACGGAGUUGACAAAAGAGAUGCAAACGUUGAAAACUAGGGAAGACAGAGUUGAUAAACUUAAUGCUAACUUCGAAAGAGCUGAUAGCAAACUCCAAACUGCCCAAAAGGAAUUCUCAAAAUAUCUCAAUGAAAGACAGAAAACAAUUGAUGAAAUCGCAGACAUACCGCCGGGAAGUUUACAACAUUCGGAACUGUCAAAAAGAGCAGAAAGUCUUGAUAAAGAACUAACAAAAAGACAAAUCGAACUAGGUUUGCUAGAAUACCAGAAAUCUGUAGUUCAGGAAGACUUUCUAUUAGAACUGGAAUUACGGCCAAAUUUUAUUCAUUUUGUCGGCGACGUUCAAGGGAAAAUUACAGACAUCAAGACAGAUGCUCAUAAGAAGAAAAAUGAAAAGAAAAAACUUGAAAAGCAGUUAUCUUUGAUGAUAACUAACACAGAUAAGGUAAAAGCUGUUAUGGCGGAAUACCUAGGCCGUGAACCUAACGAUAGUGAUAUGGAGAUCGCUGUGCGUUUAGCGAGUGUAGGAGAAGCAGAUGACAAUGACGAAGAACCACAGGAAAAUGGCCAAGUUUCUGAUGAUGGAACUGAUUAUUGGCAAAAAGAAACCAAGAACUACGAUUCUGAUGGAAGUGUAGGAUUAGACUCGGACCAAAGUUUCGUUUCAGUAUCAGACGACGUAGAUCUCACAGAAUUCCUUCCAUCUAAUGUUGUAUUCGGUGAGAUGUCGUCUGCUGACAGAAAAAUGGCGGGAAAGACGGGUGGUUCUAAAAUUUCGGCGAAAAGGAAGGCUUACAUUCCUCAGUCAUCACAACAAUUUUCUGAUGCGAUGCGAGUUCUUUCCCCGAACAGUAAUCCUACAUCUCAAAGAGGUUAUACUGGACCGAAGAAACUAAAGCCACAUUCCAAAGUAUAUAAACAGAUGCAUGCCACCAGUUACAGGCCAUCAUGAUACAACCACACAACUAUAUAUAUAUUAGAUUUCGUAAGAUUUCGUAUUUAAUCUUCCCUUCGAGCUGCCUUUCACCAUAUUUGAAUAAACGUGUGGGAAAAUAAUCCUGGAGGCUUGGAAUGACGAUCAAUUCAUGGUAAAUUAUAAUUAAAAUUUAAUUUACAUGAAUAUAUUAGAAAUAUAAAAAACAUGACAACAUAAUGAUUACAACAUAACGCAUGUUGAGUUGUUCAUCUACUGUUAAUGUGAUUCACAAUAACUCUGAUUAACAUAAGGUGGGUAGGAGGAACUACCAAAUGAAGUAAGUGAUAAUGGACAUCAACGAUGUAGUUAGGAAUUACAUGGAAGUUUACUUUCUAAAGCAAGAGAAUGUGUUUCUACUGGAUAUAUAGAUACAUGUGGGUAUAAUUUACUCCUGUGGAAAUCAAACAUUUUUGGAUAUAUAUUAAUUUUGUGCAUUCCCAAAGAAAGCAAAAUGACGCUGUUACGUCUUCUGACUGGCUAGAUAAGGUGUAUAAUUAUGUUCCAACUAAGGAAUACUUUGUUGUGUUUAAGCUAGAUCAUAUUAUAUACGUAUUAACUUGAAUUAUGUUGAACGUUAAGAGAAUUAUAAAAGUCAAUAAUCAGUAUACAGUUACAAUGACAUGAAGAUUUUAUUUAAAUUGUCCGUUUUAAUGUUUUUUAAAGAAACUUAUAAAUCUUCUGAGAAAUCA